CAAAUGCUGUGUGGUCUAAUAAAAGUGAACUGUUAAUGAUGUUUAUUUUAAAAUUAGCUUUAGCAAGUCCACUAUAUCGAAAAUACUUCCAAGUUUUAUGUUAUAAUAUCAUAAUAUGUCUUAUUCUAGCCACAUUACCUAGCCUACUAAGCACUAUGUGCAAAAGUGUAUGAUGCUAAUGUCAGGUGAAAGCCAUGGUAUCAUAUUGUUUUGACCUAGCCAACGACUGCGUACUUAUUGUUGUCAUGGCAACCCGAGAAAGGCUGAAAACGCGACAAGCCUACUAUUUUAGAUACUAUUUUGUAGGGUAGUAUGCGGGUUUGUACGUUGCCAUGGUCACAUGCAUCGCACGCCUAGAUACUGGAAGAGAUUAGGGUGGGGAAGACGAGUCAGGGUUGCCAGCACGUUUAAAACAGCUUCUAAUUUCCUGCAGAAUAAUACCUGCUAUAAUAUAAAAGAUACAGUAAGAGUGUAAUGGGAAACAAAAUUGCAAACAACACGAUUAAAUAAAUCAGGAAAUCUUGACCCUAUUCAUAUUUAACGGUCAAACAAUGCUUUUUUUAUUUACAGCGUCCUCGCAAUCAAUCUGGCAACCUUGUGGAAAAGUUGUAGAUGUGGCCAGCAGAUGUCGCUGUUGUAUCUCAUCUUGAUUUGCUGCAGUGAGGUGGAAAAGAGGAGAGAAGAGGGAUGCUCCAGCAGCUCUGAGGGAGGAGAGCUGUCUCCGUUUCUCAUCUCUCUCUCUCUCUCUCUCUCUCUCUCUCUCUCUCUCUCUCUCUCUCUCUCUCUCUCUGUCUCUCCGCAGUUUUUUCCCAGCUUGUUCCCUUUCCCGGAUGUGUGUAUCGGAUGCUUUAAACGGCUCUCGGCUCGCCGGUAUCUCCUAAAACGGUGUGGGGUUUUUCACUGAGAUCUUUAGAGAUGCUGAACGGAUUCGACCCCUGUGUGAAGAGCGGGCUUUAAUCAGAGGAGCGCGUUUUAUUUUUCACUCUGGAUAGCAGUCGGAGUAAUGCCAGUUCCAGACCAGUCCUGUGACAGUGAGAACUCCAACAUGCUGAGCCCAGUACUAAACGCCUCCAACGGGGAUGGAGCUGAGACAGAGACGACCUCUGCCAUUCUGGCCUCUGUCAAGGAACAGGAGCUGCAGUUUGAGAGACUGACCAGAGAGCUCGAAGCCGAGCGACAGAUCGUGGCCACCCAGUUGGAGCGAUGCAAACUGGGAUCUGAGACUGGGAGUGUGAGCAGCAUCAGUUCUGCCGAUGAGAAGUUUCGCUGGAACAACCAAGACGGACAAAAGGACAUAGAGGACGAGCUCACCACUGGCCUGGAGCUGGUGGACUCCUGCAUCAGAUCCCUGCAAGAAUCUGGCAUUCUGGAUUCCCAGGAGUUUGCAGCAGGUGAAAGAGCAGGCAUCCUGUCCCAGAGUGCUUUACAGCUCAAUAAUCAAGAGGGCACCUUCCCUUAUACUGCUGGUUACCAUAGCAGCCAGACCCUGGCCCUGGGAGACCCGGCGACCUCCCAACCCCUAGCACGCGGUGCUCAGGUGGGAGGAGCCGUGCACAGCUACAAUCAGGUGACAUCUAGCCGUGCAGCCCAGCUGGUGGGCAAUGACCUGGGCGCACAUGCCCAGUCCCGAGACUCACUGGCACAGAGCCAUGGCAGUGCUUUCCACUUGCCUGACACUCAGCCUUCAGUCUAUUACUCAUGUGCCACCCUGCCAGCUCAACGUGUGAGCUCUCCUCUCUCCAUGCAGGCCCUGGGCUCUCCCUCCAAACUCCAGAGGCUUGGCUCAGCCUCGGACAUGCCCAGCUACGCCACUCUGCAGCGGGUAUCCUCGCCCAAGCAGUCGCCCAGUCGCCUGGCCAAAUCCUACAGCACCAGCUCGCCCAUAAACAUGGCAGCCGGAGGGGCAGCAUCCGCCUCACCUGGGCAGGGCAACGCCACUGGCUCACCCCCUCUCCACCAGCUCAGCUCAGCUGUCGGCAGCUACGCCACUCUUUCACCUGCCAAACGUUUGCUGCACUCCUCGGACCAGUACAAGAUCUCCCAUGAGCUCUAUGCCAACGCGACACUGCAGAGACCUGGCAGUCUUGCAGGCUCCAGGGGCUCUUACAGCAGUCAGCACAGUCACCUGGGCACUGAGCUGCGCCCCCUGCAGUCUCCUGAGCACCACAUUGACCCCAUCUACGAGGACAGGGUCUAUCAGAAAGCACCGUUGAGGAACUUCACCCAGGGCCAGGCUCCAUCCUCUCCUGGCGUCGAGCCCAUCCCCCUGCAGCGCACAGGCAGCCAGAAUGCCACAGGCACCUUUCCUCGCUCCAAUUAUGCUGCCGCACCAGACUACGCCAACCCAUAUCGCACUCUGCAGUUCUGCCCGUCAACCGACUCACCCUACAGCAAAUCAGGCCCUGCACUGCCACCUGAGGCCACGCUGGUCAGGUCACCUUCUGUGGACAGCAUCCAAAAGGACCCCAGGUACGACCCUGAAUUCCUUGUCUGGAAUCAAAAUCAAGCCGAACAAAGAAUGACAAAAGAGUUUGGCUGGAGGGAUCCCGAGCUGCCCGAAGUGAUCCAAAUGCUACAACACCAGUUCCCAUCUGUGCAGUCUAACGCUGCAGCCUACCUGCAGCAUCUGUGCUUCGGAGACAAUAAGAUCAAAUCCGAGAUACGAAGACAGGGGGGCAUCCAACUCCUGGUAGACCUGCUGGAUCACCGGAUGAGUGAUGUGCACCGCAGCGCUUGUGGUGCUCUGAGGAACUUGGUGUACGGCAAAGCCAACGACGAUAACAAGAUCGCACUGAAGAACUGCGGGGGCAUCCCAGCCCUGGUGCGCCUCCUUCGCAAAACCACAGAUGUGGAGAUCAGAGAGCUGCUCACAGGCGUGCUAUGGAACUUGUCCUCGUGUGACGCGUUGAAGAUGCCUAUAAUUCAGGAUGCUCUGGCUGUGCUCACCAACACCGUGAUUAUCCCUCACUCGGGCUGGGAUUCCUCCCCACUCCAGGAUGAGCGCAAACUGCACCUGCACUCUUCACAAGUGCUCCGCAACGCCACUGGAUGCCUCAGGAACGUGAGCUCGGCAGGAGAGGAGGCACGGCGCAGGAUGAGAGAGUGCGAGGGGCUGACGGACGCUCUGCUCUAUGUCAUUCAGACGGCGCUGGGCAGCAGUGAGAUUGACAGCAAGACCGUUGAGAACUGCGUGUGUAUCUUGAGGAACCUGUCCUAUCGGCUAGCGGCAGAGACAUCUCAGGGGCAGCAGCUGGGCUCAGAUGAGCUGGACGGGGUGCUGUGCACCGAUGCCAGUGGGAAGGAUGCUGAGAGCUCUGGUUGCUGGGGCAAGAAGAAGAAGAAAAAGAAGAGCCACGAUCAGUGGGAUGGCGUCGGUCCUUUUCCAGACUCUGGUGAUCCUCCGAAGGGGCUGCAGAUGCUCUGGCACCCGUCCAUAGUGAAGCCAUACCUCACGCUGCUGUCAGAAUGCUCCAACCCGGACACUCUAGAGGGAGCUGCAGGGGCUCUACAGAAUCUGGCGGCAGGCAGCUGGAAGGUAGGCCCCACCCCGAAGCCAUGGUCGGUGUAUAUCCGGGCCGCUGUAAGAAAAGAGAAGGGCCUUCCUAUCCUGGUGGAGCUGCUAAGAAUCGAUAACGACCGUGUAGUGUGUGCCGUGGCCACGGCACUCAGGAACAUGGCUUUGGAUGUGAGGAACAAAGAGCUCAUAGGCAAGUACGCCAUGAGAGACCUGGUCCACCGCCUGCCAGGAGGCAACAAUAACAGCAGUGGCGGCAGCGUGGGAAAGAGCAUGUCCGACGACACCAUCACAGCCAUCUGCUGCGCUCUUCACGAGGUCAUUACCAAGAACAUGGAAAAUGCCAAGGCCUUACGUGACGCUGGAGGCAUCGAGAAGCUUAUCGGCAUCGCACGCAGCAAAGGAGAUAAACACUCACCUAAAGUGGUAAAAGCCGCAUCUCAAGUUCUGAACAGCAUGUGGCAGUACCGGGAUCUGCGCAGCCUCUACAAAAAGGAUGGUUAUUCUCAAUACCACUUUGUGGGCUCCUCCUCUACAAUAGAGAGAGACAGACAGAGACCUUAUUCUUCCUCUCGCACUCCCUCCAUCUCUCCAGUGCGGACCUCGCCCAAUAACCGGUCAGCAAGUGCCCCCACCUCUCCACGAGAGAUGAUGAGUUUGAAGGAGAGGAAGACAGACUACGAGUUGACUGGAACUAAUCCCGGUUACCAUGGCAACAAGGGCGAGCACACCUCCAGGAAGGACACUAUGGCUGCACAAAUCUCCAGUGGAACUGCCACACUGUUCCGGGGUGCUUACGUGUCUCCCAGUGACGACCUCAAACAUAACCAGGUGUCCGCUCAAGGUAAUCCAUCAGAGGCCUACCCUCCCUUUCAGACUCCACCAGGAGCUAAUUUCGAGGAGAAUUAUUACGAGGACCAAGCUCACCAACGCCCCCCGGCCACCGCAGACGGCACCCUGCACCUCGGCCUAAAGUCCACUGGCAAUUACGUGGACUUCUACUCGGCCUCUCGGCCCUACAGUGAACUCAACUACGAGACGAGUCAUUAUCCUGCCUCACCCGACUCCUGGGUGUAAGAGGCAGCGGGCAGGGCUGAGAGUCGAGGUGAAGACACGCAGACAGAAACCAGCCCGCAUGUGCAUGAACACUACCGGAUACACAAACUCACACACACACUCAAACACAGACACACACCUUCAGUUUAAAUGGAAGGCACCUAAUGAGCUAAUGAGUCACAGCGGUCAUUGGAGACAUUCACACCGAGCAAACGAACCUGAUGAUGUUCUGGAGAAAGAAUGCAAAAGGAACAUGUUUAUUGAAAAAAAAGGAAAUUUGAAGUGCAAAGACGGUCCACAAAGCAGAGGAAUUUGGGGAAGCAGCGAUGGAAAUCUGUAAGUGCGAUCUAGAGGAGAUGGGGACACGAAGCACAAGAACAUGUCAUACGUCAACACAAGCUGAGGAAAUAGAUCAGACACAUUUUUAGGACAUCUCUUUGCGUUUGACCUGCUUUUUAUGGAGUGCUUUCUUCACAAGGAGAUUUUUAUCUUUUUUUUUUUUUUCAUUCUCUUUAUUUUGUAUGUCCUCUUUUUAACUUCUUAAUUCUAGUGUAAAGUAUUUGUUGUAUAUUGCAGAUGUAGAUACAAGUUACAUUGUGUAUAUUACAGAAAAAAAAACUGAAAGGUCCUCCCCAGUGGCUCAUAAUAUCAUUUUUUUGACAUACAAACGAAAGGCUACUCGUACAUUCACUUCUGUAGGUAAGGUCAUUUUUGGCACCACAAAAAUUUGGUUUUGAUUUAAAAGUGUUGUUUACUUUUUUCUUUUUCUUUUUUUUUUUGAGAAGAAUGAUACAGUGAUAUCGAACGCAUCAUCAUUCCACACACGGGGUGCUACACUGCCUGGCAACAGUUUACCGAUUAACAUUUUUGGCUUUAUUUUGCUCAGAUGUUUUUUGUUCUGUAAAGAUUUCGUGACAGGUUACAAUAACAGGUUCCACUAUGCUUCCAGUGACCGUGCUGGGGUUUUUUUAUGUUUUUUUUUUUUUUUAUGUUGUAAAUUGUGCCAAAUGUGGUUAUCCCUGAACUAGAGGAUCACCACAGUUCUGACAUUGAUGUUUACUUCUGACACCAUCAUCACCUGAUUCUAACAAUACAAUAUGCUUUAUUUUAAUUAUUAUUAUUAUUUUUACUUUUUUUUUCUUUUCAAUUGGGUUUCAAUGGGAUAGCCACACACUGCGACAAGACUUGGAUAACAAUGGGAGGGACACACUGUUUCAUCGCUAUGUCCCCCCUAAGAUGUAUAAUUCAUUUAUGCUGUGUUGUAAAAUAGAUGACUGAGCAAAGCAGCUUUUUUUUUUAUUUCCAGAAACGAGUGGUUUUUAAGUUCAUCGUAGACUAAUCUGUCAAUAGAUUAUGAAUUAUAUAUUAUAUAAAUACAAAUAUAUAUAUAUAAAUAUAUACUUUUUAUGUGCCGAUGUGGAUGUCACCUAAUGCAGAGACUUUGCAAAGGAAAAAAAAAAUACAUGUAGGAUUUUGUUCACGUUACUUCUGGUCUUAAAUUUCCUCCAAGCUGUUGCCCUCCUGUUGUCAUGUUGUUGCUGUGUGAAGCAGGUGAGACCAGGGCUCCAGACACCCAGAGCAAUGAUGAGGCCAGGUUUCUAACACAGAAACGGUGCUAAAACACACGCACACACACACACACACACACGUCCUCUUUGUUUUGCGUUCUUGGAUGACGCGUUUGCUGUUUGAUGUCACUCUCUUUCAAAAUAUUAAAGCUGUUUUUGAAUGUGUCUCCUCCCCAGAGUGAAAUACUGUAGAAGCCACCUCACAACGCCGUCUUCAUGUUUCUAUGAAAUCAAAAAUGCAACACUGCGAAAAAAAAUUGCUGCUAGUUUAGACGUGCUCCUAGAAUGAGUUUUUUUGGGGGGUUUUCCAGUCACAGUUGCCCGCUCUUUUCCUUUUUAUCUCAGGAUAUCUUGUAUUGGUUCUGUAAUGGCUUGGGGGAAAAUCUUUUCCCUCUGUAAGCAGACUGAAAGACACUGAGUGCAGCAGUCAUGGCCUCUGAUCAAGCUCUUCUUUAACCUGAAGUAGUUGAGGAACGAGUUCUGAAGUGUGGCGGUAAGCCCUGGUCUUCCCUCCAUAUGAUUUUGAGCUUAGAGAUAACUGUCAGAGGCAAGGAACCAAAUGAUAAUCUCCUGAAUUUGUCUCACAUAUCUUUCAGCACUAUCAAUAGUAAACGUCGGGGAAAGAAAAAAAAUUAACAUUCACAAAAUGUUUGUGGAAAAAAGUAGACAUGUCUGAAGACUUGUAUUGGAAAUGUAAGUACAUUUUUCUGUUGCUAGACAAAGUGUUUGAGAGAAUUGUGAACCUUUUUAUUGCCAGAUUGCAACUGCUAUAAGAUAUAAACUGACUAUCAAAUCA